UUUGAGUUGAGUACCUAGGUAGUAUUUCAUACGCCGCAGCUCUCGUACAGUUUCGGACGAGUUCGGACGAAUUCGCUCGACAUCGGAAGCGAAUCAUGCUAGCAUUUCGUAAACUCCGCAAUGCGGCUGGGAACAUCUUUAACGCCAUGUGUAGAUCCGUGGGUCAAUUCAUAGUGAUAAUCAUAUAAAUAAAGGCUGGAGGAAGAUGUAUUUCAUUCAAAUCAAUUCGAAUCUCAAGCAUCACUUGAACACUUCACCUACACUCAAUACUACACAAGAAUCGAUCCUCUCAAUCAGUCAACUCGAACAAUCAAAAUGUCUUCAAUCAAAAACGUUAUUGUCGUCGGAGCGAAUGGAAACAUCGGCAGCAUCGUAACCCAACACCUCCUCUCAGCAAACUUCAACGUCAGCAUCCUCACCCGCGAAAACUCAACCUCCACCACCCCACCAAACGCCCAAGUCUUCCAAACAGAUUACUCGGAAGCCUCUCUAGCUUCAGCAUUCAAGGGCCAAGAUGCCGUCGUCUCCACCGUCGGCGUCCUCGGCAAACCCACUCAGACGAAACUCAUCGAUGCCGCCAUCGCCAGCGGCGUCAAACGCUUCAUCCCCAGCGACUUCGCUUACAAAUCAAACGACAUGUCGGAUAUCGAGCGGGUCAUCCCACUCGUGUACCAACGUCUCACGCCCAAUAAAACGAUCCUCGACUACCUAGAAGCAAAAGCUGCUCAGCACCCAAACUUCACCUGGACAGCCAUCGGCGGCGGUCCGCUCUUUGAUUGGACCCUCAAAACAGGCUUCCUCGGGACGUCGAUCCCGAACCACACAUCCACGAUCCUCGACUCGGGCAACGAAUCCUACGCCACAGUCACGAUCCCGCAACUCGCGCGCGCGGUCGUCAGCACAUUAUCUGCGCCGGAGAAGACGGCGAACAAGUACCUAACCGUGACGUCCUUCUCGACGACGCAGAAUGAGAUCCUGGCUGCGGCGGAGAAGGUCACGGGGCAGAAGUUCGCGGUGAAGAGGGUCGGGGCUCAGGAGUGGCAUCGAGAGGGCUUGGAGCAGUUCGGCAAGGGCGAUUUUAGGGGGUUGGGGAAGUUGUGGGGGUAUUUCUUUUGGAGGGAUGGGGAGGGGUUGGUUAAGGAUGUGGGGGAUGAUAAUGGGAUGUUGGGGUUGCCGAGGGAGGAUCUGGAGAGUGUGAUUAGGGAGGUUGCUGGGUUGUGAUGUGUCCAAGUUUGAAAGAUGUCUGACUGUCAGGCAAUAACAGCGAUCGUUAUGAAGUUAAAAUGAUUUGUUCCGAAAUGUGACAUGGUGUCAUGUAUCGGGCUUUCAACACCUGUGUUCCGCGGGAGGAAAGUUAAUGAACCCAUUAAUCAAUACACUGUCUUCGAC